AUGAUGCGGCGUCGCGAGAGUAACUGGACGCUGGACGAGGAGGAAGACGUGGCUGUAGAGAUCGAGCGUAUUGAGCAUCCCUGGAUGGCCGUCGCGCUGUUCGAGCAGCUAUGGAUAAACGCCACGCAGCAAGUGAGUUCCAGCUGCACCUUCACCAAGUACACGCGUAAAGCUGCUUCUAAAGGCGACAGAACGCCCCGGACACACGACACAGAGGCAGAAGUUGCCGAUGCUACGAGCUUUCAACAGCAAUUCCUGAGAGCGCUAGGGGACGAUCUCGUCGUGUUCCCUCAGAAAUCAGAGCACGACAAGUUUGUGGUGCUCGCGUAUGCCAGAUGGAGCAGCUGCACGACUCGGAGCAGAUCGCCAUCACGGUUAAGAACACAGACCCCGUCCAUCGCACCAGGAUGA